GAGAAUCUUGAAAAGUGUUUUGAUGAAAGGUGUUCUCUUUUGAUCGGUAUGAAAGGAUGCCGCGUAAUUCGACGUUACUCUUAUUGAAUUUCAAUAUAUGCAAAUGGGAUGCGUUUGCAAAAGACCGCGCGUGAUUUAGCCGUUCGUGUUUUCCAUCGAACGGUCCACCUUACUCUGCAUUCAUCGCUUUUGGGUGUGCGGUCCUUUUUCACUACUGGAGAGAAUUUCCGUAAAGCUCUUCGCGGCCCAACGGAACGAUACAAGCGCAUCAUGAAUUUGAAGCCGAAGAAAAUGGGAAUCAUCGGUGGAUCGAUGCUAGCUUUUGGCAUCGUCUUCUGUUCAAUCUUUUUCCCACCGUUUUUAAGAUCACAAGUGAAAAAGCAAGUAAGGCUGAAGGAUGGCUCUGAAAUGCGGGAUUUGUGGUCGAAUUUUCCAUUUCCGUUGGAUUUCAAAGUUUAUUUGUUCAACGUGACGAACCCUGUCGAAAUCACGGCAGGAGAGAAACCAAUCGUCAAGGAAGUAGGACCAUUUUUUUAUGAUGAAUACAAGCAAAAGGUAGAUCUCGUGGAUCGAGAGGAAGACGAUAGUGUGGAAUACAAUAUAAAAACGACUUGGUAUUACAAUCCGUCACGAAGCAACGGAUUAACCGGCGAGGAGGAAAUUUACUUCCCUCAUAUCGUUAUUCUGACCAUGGUUAAAACUACCCUCAAAGAGCAACCGGGAGCUCUAGGAAUCCUUAAUAAGGCUGUGGACAGUAUCUUCAAGAAACCAAGUACUGUUUUCAUUCGAGCAAAAGUGAAGGAAAUACUUUUUGAAGGCUUGCCAAUCGAUUGCACAGUGAAGGAUUUCGCUGGGACGGCAGUCUGCACCGUCUUGAAGGAGAACGACGACAGCUUUGUACCCGAUGGCGAAGGACGUUACUUAUUCUCCAUUUUCGGCAAGCAAAAUGGCACCAUUGCGCCACAACGUAUACGAGUGCUGCGUGGUAUAAAGAACUACAAGGAUCUGGGACGAGUGAUCGAAUUUGAUGGGAAACCGGCGUUGACGAUUUGGGCUGGCGAUAAAUGUAACACGUUCAACGGUACAGACUCGACGAUAUUCCCGCCGUUGAUACAGGAGGGAGAUGACAUCGUCUCGUUCUCUCCGGAUGUUUGCAGAAGCCUGGCGGCCCAAUUCGCUCACAAGAACAAAGUCAAAGGCGUGAACACGUAUCAUUAUACAGCGAAUUUCGGGGAUAUGAGUACCAAUCCCGAUGAGAAAUGUUUCUGCCCUGCGCCAGACGAAUGUUUGACCAAGAAUCUGAUGGAUUUGAGCAAGUGUCUAGGGGCGCCGCUAAUUGGAUCCUUGCCUCAUUUACUUUGGACGGAAGAAAAAUAUCAUAAAAUGGUAGAUGGGCUUCAUCCGAACGAGGAAGAGCAUAUUAUUGACAUGGAUUUCGAGCCAUUGACAGCUACCCCGAUAAUAGCGCACAAGAGAUUACAAUUCAAUAUGUUUGUUCAAAAAGUUGAAAAAUUCAAGUUGAUGAAAAAUUUGCCAGAGUGUCUAUUUCCCCUGUUCUGGGUCGAGGAGGGAAUACUACUCGAAGAUCAAUUGGUAAACAAAGUUAAAAUGGUGUUCAAGACAAUAACUGUCGUCGGAUUUUUAAAGUGGUUGACAAUAGUCGGCGGUACUUGUUCCUGUAUAGCAUCCGGUGCGUUGAUAUUCUUAAAUAAGGAAAAGGGGAAGAUGGACGUGACCAAAGUGACACCGCAGUCGCAGAGCGCGAAGGAUGACGAUCAAAAGAAGUGGCCUAAUCAGAUAACUAUUAGCACGAUACAGAGUGCCGCGGUUCCGCCUAAUCUCGAUGCAAAUUGAACGCUUGAGUAAUUUUACAUACUCAUUUGUUUCAUUUUUUGAAACUCUUUUUGAAUGACUGCGAGGCGGUUCGAUUAAACUGUAAAAUGGAUGGAUGCAGAGUACGAAAUCAGAAUACCGGAACCGGUGUGGAGUGAAUGAAAUGAAAAAAUGUAUAUCAGAUUUAGAGAAUUACAGUAGCGUAAGUAAAUUCCGAAAAUCUCGGCCUACUGAAUCGCCAGAGUAAAAAGAUUACGGCUUAGUGUAGUACGGCCUAAAGAAGUACUAUAACUAUGAUUCUCAAGCGUUUGCUUACGUGUAACGUGACUUAAAUUGCUCAAUUUGAAUUUGUCGCACUUUUGUUUAAUAUAAAAUUAAGAAUGUAGAUCAGAUUUGGAAGAAUGCAGAUCGCUAUAACUUUAUAAUAGUAUUCUUAGCGCCUAAUAGUUAUCAUAAAUCGUGAACACUCUAUGUACAAUUUAGCUAAUUUUAUUUACUAAUUUGUCAUUUUAUUUAACUAUUUACAAUCCUGUUUUCUUAAAUUGUGACACAAUCAGAACUGAUACACUUUCCUAUUGUGGAUAUCGAUAUUCCACAUGUUCCUUAUACAGACAUACAUAUAUUAUUAAAUAAUUUAUUUGUUCUUAAGUGUUAUGAUGUAUAAACUGUAAUUAGAUUGUAAAUGGAAUUGUAACAAUAAAGAAAUCAUAUUUUCUAACGAAA